AGGAGAGCAUCACAGGACACAAGAGGAAGAGGAGGACACCAAGCAGUGGUGGUGUCAGUGCUCAGUGCUGCGGGAAGUUAUGUCUUCCCUGCGAGGCCUCAUUUUAGGGGGAAAACAGGCCCGCAUUCGCCCUCUGCUCGUCAAAGUACUACCCAGUCACCUCACGAGACGGAACUGCAGCCAGCGAACCAAGAAAUCCAGCAACUCUCCGGACUUCGGGCUCCUAUUUGACAUCGAUGGCGUCAUCAUUCGAGGCCAGCGCAUCCUGCCGUCUGCCCCCGAGGCCUUCACUCUGCUGGUGGACGACAACGGCAAGUUUAGAGUGCCCACCGUCUUCGUCACCAAUGCGGGGAAUGCGUUACGGAGCCAGAAGGCCGAGCAGCUGUCCAAGUGGUUACGGAUACAGGUGCACGAGGACCAGGUGGUUAUGGCACACUCUCCGUUGAAGAUGUUCGACCAGUACUUCAACAAGGAGGUGCUCAUCUCCGGCCAGGGCCCUACCACGGAGAUAGCUCACAACCUUGGCUUCCUCAACACAACCACGGUGGACGACCUCUGUCUUGCCUUUCCCCUGCUGGACUGUGUGGAUCAUAAAAAACGCAGUGCCAAGCCUCCCUCCACUCCUGCACCCAAGAUCCCAAAGAUAGACGCUGUAAUGUUAUUUGGAGAGCCAGUGAGGUGGGAGACAUCACUGCAGCUCCUACUUGAUGUGCUAAUGACAGAUGGGGACCUGAUGGGUGCCCCCACUGCUCCAUACCCCCACCUCCCUAUCCUGGCCUGCAACAUGGACCUGCAGUGGAUGGCAGAAGCUCACAUGCCCAGGUUUGGCCAUGGAGCAUUCCUGUUGUGUCUGGAGGCGCUGUACAAGAAGGUGACGGGCAAGGACCUCAUCUACACAGCACUGGUGGGCAAGCCAUCGGAGAUCACAUACUACCAUGCUGAAACCAUGGUGCAGCACCACGCCCGCUCCAUAGGCAUCACUCACCCCAUCACCAAGCUCUAUGCCAUUGGAGACAACGUUCACACAGACAUCUUCGGCAUGAACCUUUACAGCGAGUACGUGCGUCGCCACCGCCACAGCAAGAGCCAGGUGGCCAUGCAGGGUGCGCGGGGCCUCGAUCUCUCCACGCAGGACUUCCGAGGCCUCACCGCUGACCAGUGUUACUCUGUGCUAGUCAGGACUGGAGUGUACAAUGAAGAAAACGGGGAGCAGCUACUGGAGCACUCACCGCGGGAUUUCUUACCCAUUGAGGCCAAGCUGCAGGAGCCAUCGCUGACUGUCAAGUGUGUGCUGGAGGCCAUUCAGACUAUAUACCAGAGGGAGAAGUUUUCAUGAAGUCCUCCCCUCUUCUCUGCAUGAAAGAAAACGUGCCCCUCUCCUCUCCAUGAAAGAAAACGUGCCAUAGUAAUGCGAGUGUUUGCUGAGGGUUGAGUGAGGCUGCCCUGCGUGUCUUGGCCUUGUGAAAUACUGUGUUCUGUGUUUAUUUAAGGUCCUGUAUAUUUUUGUUGAUUUUUUUGUCUUUUUGUCUUUUUGUCUUUUUGUCUUUUCUGUGUUGAUGUUUUUUGAGGUUUCCUGGUUCUGUUUUUUAUUUGCUUUUCCUAAUUUAUUUUCUUUCGUUAUCUGGUCCUCUUUGUUUGCUUUUAAUUUAUUUUUCGUUCAUUGUCUGCUUCUCUUUUUGUUUUCUUUUCGUAAUUUAUUUUUCUUUUCCUUAUAGAUAUUUUUCAGUGUAGUAGUCCAUCAUUUCUCUUUCUGUUUUCUUUUUGAGUCUCUUUUCAUUGUUUACUUUUCAUUCAUAAUUUGUUUUUCUUCCUUAUACACAUUUUCUUAGUUAGGCCAUUAAUUUUUUUUCUGUAUUCCUUUUGUGCCAUCUUUAAUCAUAUCCCUUUCAUAAUUCUCUAUAUUUUAUCUCCUUUAAUUACUAAUAAGUGUAUUUCUGUUUACCUCAUUAGUCUCUUGCAAACCAAUCCAAUAUUUUCUCUUUUCAAAUUUCUCCUUUUUUUCUUUUUUAUUGUUUCUUAUUCAUAAUUCUUUGUAUUUUAUCACCUUCCUGAAUUGUCAUGUAAUUUAUUCCUAUUUAUCUCAAUCCUUUAUUUCUCUCUUUUCAAAUUCUUCCUCUGUCCUUUUUAUCACCUCCCUUUUGUAUUCCUUUAUGCUUCACCCCCUCCUCAAAUUGUUAUAGAUAGUUUAUUCCUUUUUCAUCCCAGUAGACUCUUGCAAACCAAUCUUUUCUUUUUCUCUUGGUUCUUUCUUCCUGUUUCCUUCCAGACUUGCAGGAAUUUAAUGUAAGAUUGGUACUGUAAGUUAACUUUUCUAUUGUAAUGUAACAUAAGAUUAGCAUUCAAAUCUAACUUUUCUCUCACUAUUUACCUCUUCUAAAUUUGUGGGAAUGUCCAAAUUUUUUCUCUUCAUUUAUCUCUAAGGAUGUUUGUAAGAUUGAAAUACUAACUUGACUUUUCUGUCCCUCCUCACCUCCUCCAAAACUUGGAGGAGUGUUAUGUAAGAUUGUAACAUUGGUAUCCUAACUUCCUUUCUAUCUCCGUCUAUCUCCAAACUUGCAAGGGUGUUACGUAAGACUGAAAGAGUAACAUGACCUUCCUAUCUUUUCAUCUGUCUCUGAAACAUGCAGCAAUGUUGUCUAAGAUUGUAAGAUUGGUAUCAUGACUCCUUUUCUAUCUAUGUCUAUCUCCAGACUUGCAAGGGUGUUACGUAAGACUGAAAGAGUUACUUAACUUUCCUAUCUUUUCAUCUGUCUCCAAAACUUGCAGGAGCAUUGUGUAAGAUUAGCAUUCAAACUUCACCUUUCUAUCUCUUCUCAUCUCAUCCUAACAUAUAUAAUUGUGAUAUAAAACUGGCAAUCUACUAUAUUAUAAUUUAUCAGGGCAUUUGAGUGGCAAGCUAUUCCUCCUCUUCCUCCUCCUCCUCCUCCUCCUCUCCUGACCAGUAAACAAGAAGCAAGGGACACACAUUCACAAUAUUCACAGAUACAAGAAUGUGAGAACGUGAUACAAGAUUGGUUAUGUUGACACUUUCACUGCAAUAUAUCUUUUCCUUUUUUAUCCAAGAGGGGUUAAGGCCAAGAGGAACAAAACAGUGGUGAAAAGAAACAUAUAUUAAAGAUGCCAGUCCUAGAGAGAAUACCCAAAAUUAUGAGUAGUGGCCUCAAGUCUGUCUCUCGAAAAUGUUUAAUUCAUAAGCAGCAGGAUGUAAAGAACCAGGCAGAGUCCAAGAGUUUACCAGUGAAUCGUCAAAUCUAAGAGUAUCCUUAUUGAUCUUUCUUUAGGGACUGGCACGUCAGUGACCUUUUAUGUAUUUUAUUAUUUUCCCUUAGGCCAGUGCACCUCUUACAUAGAAAAGAAGAAAAAUGUUUAUGAGCACAUACAAGAAAGAACAAAUUAAAAAAGACAAAAUUUUCCAGUUUCUAGCCAAUAUAGGAUCUAGAGGUACCUGUAGAACCAGAAGAGAUGCCAAUGAAGGGUCUAGAGGUGCCUGUAGAACCAGAAAGAUGCCAAUGAAGGGUCUAGAGGUGCCUGUGGAACCAAAGAAGUUGCCAGUAAAGGGUGUAGAGGUAUCUGUAGAACCAGAAAAAUGCCAGUGAAGGGUCUGGAGGUGCCUGUAGAAUCAGAAAGAUGCCAAUAUAAGAUCCAAAGGUGUCUGUAGAACCAGAAAAUAUGCCAGUAAAGGGUCUAGAGGUGCCUGUAGAGCCAGAAAAGAUGCCAAUGAAGGGUCUAGAGGUGCCUGUAGAACCAGAAAAAAUGCAAAUGAAGGGUUUAGAGGUACCUAUAGAACAAAAGACCCCAUAAGACAGUUAGUGAUGGAAGAAUAAAGUGCCAUGAGCAGUGAAAGGGUUAAUAAUCAAGGCAUAGACAGAAACUAUAACCUAACCUAACCUAAACCUAACCUAAUGUAACCUAUUCCUUCCCUUCUCCCGGUAAACUGAGUUGGUCACAAUCAUAUACACAAUCUCAGUAAAGGACAAGUUUAGGAGUCAAUCACUAAUGCCAGGUAGGAUGAUGUGUUUAGAUACUCAGCUAGGUGUAGAGUGAAUUGUCUCCUAUUUCCAUUGUGUUUGUGUCUUUGUGUCAGUCCCGAGUCCUCUUCUGUGUUGAGAAGUGUCUGGGUCUGUGUGGCCGGGCUGGAGGCUGAAUGAGAGAGAGAAUGUGUGAGUUUAUCAGUGUUUUAAAGAUGGAAAGGUAAUGCGAUGUAAAACUGAGAGGAAAAAUGUAUGUUAUGAGUGUUUUCAAGGUAGAGAGGCAAUGUGAUGUGAUAUUUAGGGGAAAAAUGUAUGUUAUGAGGUUGUGUGAUGUAAGAUUAAGAGGAAAAUGUAAGAGUUAUUAGUGUUUUAAAGAUAGAGAGGCAAUGUAAUGUAAGAUUGAAGGGAAAAUUUUGAUUGAUGAGUGUUUUAAAGAUAGAGAGGCAAUGUGAUGUAAGAUAGGAAAAUUUAAGAGUUAUGAGUGUUUUCAAGAGAUGUAAUGUAAUGUAAGAUUAAGAGGAAAAAUCUGAGUGAUGAGUGUUUUAAAAAUAGAGAGGCAACAAUGUAAGACUGAGUGAGAGAAUGUUUGAUAUUAGUGUUUUAAAAGAGAGAGAGGUUAUGUGAUAUUAAAAUGAGUGAAAAAUGUAAGUCAUGAGUAUUUUUAGGAUAGAGAGGCGAGGUGGUGCAAGAUUGAGGGAAAACUGUAAGAGUUGUUAGUGUUUUCUGAUAGAGAGCCAAAGUAAUGUAAGAUUUAUGGAAAAAUGUAAAAGUUAUGAGUGUUUAAUGAUAGAGAAGUUAUGUGAUGUGAAAUUGAAAGGAAAAAUGUAUGUUAGCAGUGUUUUAAGAUAGAGAGGUAAUGUUAUGGUAAAUUGAGUGGAAGAUAGUAUGAAUUUUGAGUGUUUUAUGUGAAACUGCGAGGAAAAUGUACAAGCUUUUGGUGUUUUAAGAUAAUCAGCUGAUGGGAAGAUGUAUGACUGAGUGAAAAAUAUGUGUUCAGUGCUUUAAAACUGUCAGCUGUUGGGAGGACUUUGAGAGAAUGUAUGAAUUAUAAGGAGACUGUCAGCUGAUUGGAGAACUUAAGGUAGAGAGAGAGAAUGUGAGACUGUCAGGAAUGAGAGAAUGUAAGAACAAGAGAGGGAAUAAAAGAACUAUCAGCUUGUAAAAGGAAUUGGAGAACUUUAGACUGAGAGAACACAAAAAUUAUCAGCUCGUAAAAGAAAAGUCAUCUGAUUAAAGAAGUCGACAUCCUUACCAAACUUUACAACACCAUUAACAUAUUGGACGUGAUUCAGAAGACAGGAAACAAUGGAAAUACAGAAGAUUAUUCAGAAGACAGCCAGUUAAAAAACUCAAGAUAUCCUAACUGGACUUUACAACACCAUCGGCACACUGGACGAAAGAUUCAGAAGACGUGAAAAAUUAAAAGUCUGGGAGAUUACUCGGGAAAAAACGGAUGAUUAAGGAACUCAAGAUAUCCUUACCAGACUUUACAACCCCCUCAACACAGUGGACGCAAGAUUCAGAAGACGCAAAACAGUGGAAGUAUGGAGGACAACCCAACACCUGCUUGACUGUACUGUUACCCACACUGACACACUGAUCUAGUACUGCUCUUGUACCUCCUCAUUGACUUAGUUCUGUGCAGCUGCUGACGUAAGAUACAGUUACUCACAUACACUGCCCUUCCCUCCCAGUUAGGCGACAGAUCUGUAAGAAAGCUUCAGUAAGUGAUAGACCUGAUAGAACACAGCCAUUUAUAAAGAAACAUGGAAAUAUUACACUUGUAGCCAUAUACACAAUAAUCUGCCAUACCUAGCAGUGUAGUGUGGGUUCGUCGUCAUCUUACAGAACAUUGUGCUGUGCUGUGCUGCAUGGUGUUCACUGCAAGAUGUACAGGGAUGACCCACUGCUACACUCCCCUGCAGGAUAAGAAGUGUACCAAACAUGCAUAGUUUAUAUCACAUAUCAGCCCCAGAAUACAGAAAAUAAAAAACUUAUCACAA